GGAGACGGUUGUUUUGGUUUUCCCUUUAUGACUGAUUUUCUGUGAGCAUGUGGUGGGUAGUUAUGAAGUAGAUAUUAUUAUGAUUCUAAUGUCAAAUUACAACACAUCUAGUAAUGUAUAUUUAAGCAGUAAAUCAAACAAGAUCAUCCAAAAUCUGGAAAAAUUUUAAUGUUAAAAACCUCCAAAGAACAAAAUUGGUGACAUACAUAGGUGGGCUAAUGUUGGCGAGUUUUUUGUGCCAAGCCAAUAUAUUGGUGGACUUGGUUUUAUCAAUUUGGCCCCAAUAGAACCCAACCCAGCUAAACAAAACAGAUCUAAAAAAGCCCAUGAAUGAAACCUUCUUUCGAUCUUACCGAUUUCCCCACCUUAUCCAACUCCUUUUCAAAGAACAGCAUAUGCCUUUCCAUGGAUCCCUUGUCUGUGUCUCUCCUCCACUCGGUAACAGAAAACCUCCAGUCUUUUCUACAGAAGAAAGGGUGAGAAAAUAAACAAAGAAUCACAGAAGAAAAAGGCUAAAAUCCAAAUGGCUUCAGCAACAACAAGACCCACCUUCUCUUUCCUCCGCCCAACCCCAUCUUCUCCAAAACCACUCAAACCCCAAAUCUCCCUGCCUUCCAAACUGUCCCAACUCUCAUUCCACAUUGAAAGCACAGACAAACAGAAACCCCAUUUUCUUAUUCAUUCCGUUGAUGUCUCCAAUGAAGAUACACCAUCACCCACUUCACUAAACCAAGAAGAAACCCAAACCCCACCUCAGGAAACCCCUGAAGAAAAGUUUGACAAGAGGAGAUUAGAGGAGAAAUUUGCAGUGUUGAACACAGGAAUUUAUGAGUGCAGGUCAUGUGGGUUCAAGUAUGAUGAAGCUGUUGGGGAUCCAUCCUUUCCAAUCCCACCUGGAUUGCAAUUUGAGAAGAUGCCUGAGGAUUGGAGGUGCCCUACUUGCGGCGCGGCAAAGAGUUUCUUUGAGAGUAAGAGAAUGGAGAUUGCAGGGUUUGCACAGAAUCAGCAAUAUGGGCUGGGAGGGAAUGCACUCACCUCAGGACAGAAGGCUGUGUUGAUAUAUGGAAGCUUGUUUUUCUUCUUUUGCCUGUUCUUGUCUGGGUACUUUUUGCAAUAGGUAAAGAACCUUUUGUUACUGAAUGUGUACUCCUGUUUGUGUUUAUAUUAACAAAUAGAGAGAUUCAAGAACCCAUUUGGCUUAAUUGUUGAUGUCCAUCCUUUAAAAUUAAGUAUUUUUAGAAGUCAGUGAAAAUUAUAUUAAAACCACAAAUGAUCCACUUUGAGAAUCCAGAAGCCACAACUGUAGAGAACAAACUACUUAUCCAGUUUCUAGAGGUUAGAAAUUAGAAGACAGGAUAAACUUCCAAUAAAAUGGAUAGAAGCAG